AUGGAUGGUAAAGGCAAAGUUCAUCCAUUGGACAUGCUCAUAGAUGAACUUUGGUUUUAUAGAAGAAAGUAUUUUCAUGAAUCCCCUCGAGCCCCUCCAAAAAUUUUGUCUACAUGGCGAAUUGUAAUUGAAUGUCUCCAAAUCCAUGAAGAUGCCAUGAAAACAGAGAAGGGGAGGGUAGACCCCCCUCCUUCCUAUAACUCUGAAAAGCCUGUAGACCCCCCGCCUGCUUAUGACUCUGAAAAGCCCAAUGAGUUAAAAAAGGGACAGAGUGCAGAAGAAAAAUCCUCUUUGGCAGUUUAUCAAGCCGAUGUGUCUUUUGAACCAUUCGCGCCAAUGGAGGAGGGAGAAAAAGAACAAAGGAGUACCAAUAUGCUGCCUUCCCCUGCCAGCGCCAUCUCCAGGGCACUGGCCGAAGCUCAUGAAAAAGGGGAACUGCAACCUGAAGAAUAUCAAUUUUGCGCGCCUGUUUUUAUUAAUCGAAUCACAGGCAAUCACAGAUAUGAAACAAUCCCCAUGACAACUAUUAGAGAAAUAAUACAAGCAGCAUCAAGUUAUGGGAUUUCUAGCCAUUAUACCUUGGGUCUGAUAGGUCACAUGGCUACUAGUUUUUAUUUGUUGCCUGAAGAUUGGAAAGGGCUAUUCAAUAUGAUUUUAACAUCUUCUCAAUAUGUGGUUUGGGAAUCUGAAUGGAAAAAGGAAUGUCAAAAGAUCGUUUUAGCUUGGCCUGGCCGUAAUCCACCAACUGUAGACCAGUUAACUGGAAGUGGAAAUUUUACUUACCUGGGGGCUCAACAAGCAAUGAACCCUUUGUUUUAUUCUCAUUCAGCCCUAGCUGCAAAAGCUGCCCUAACUCGGGUUGAUGAUCCACAGAGGGGAACAAAAGGCUCUUUUGUAAAGAUUUUUCAAGGGUCUAAUCAGCCCUAUGGGGAAUUUGUGGAUCAGUUACAAAAGGCCAUAUCUAGGGAAAUCACAAAUGGAAUAGCCCAAGAGGAAUUGUUGAAAAGACUUGCCUUUGAAAAUGCCAAUGAGGACUGUAGACGGGUCCUGCAGCCCUUAAUGAGCAAACCUGAUGCAGGAUUGGCAGACUAUAUUCAAGCCUGUAGAAUUGUGGGGACCAAUGCAUUUAACAUGGAAACUUUGGCUAUGGCCUUGCAAAAAGCAGGAAGUAAUAACGGGCAACCUGAGGGUAAAGCUGAUCAACAAUUAGAGUUAAAACACAUUGAACCCUCAUUGAGUCCUUAUAAUACUCCGGUGUUUGUCAUAAAGAAAAAAUCUGGAAAAUGGAGAAUUUUAAGCGAUCUUAGAAAUAUCAAUAAGAUCAUUCGCCCCAUGGGGGCGCUCCAAUGCGGUUUACCUAAUCCUAAUUUGAUACCAAAAGACUAUGACCUUAUGGUUAUAGAUCUAAAAGAUGCAUUUUUCUCUAUUCCACUACACCCAGAGGACAAACACUUAUUUGCCUUUACUGUGCCUGAAAUGAAUAACUCCAAGCCCACGGCCAGAUAUCAAUGGACUGUCUUGCCUCAAGGGAUGCUAAACAGUCCUACAAUGUGUCAAUAUGUUGUCAAUCAGGUUUUAAGACCAUAUCGGGAAAAGUUUCCUCAUUUUAAAAUUUACCAUUAUAUGGAUGAUAUUUUAGUGGCAGCUCCAGGGCCCUCAGAAGCAAUAACGGUGUUUGCAGACGGCAGCAAGACUCAUGGAGCCUGUGCUUGGAAAGAGGAGGAUCAGCCACCUUCAGGCCGUUUGCGCAAUCGAAGAGAUCUAGAAAAUGGCCUGGGAGGACCUGGCAACAGUGGUGAUUGGCAAAGAGAUGUUGCCUUUGGCCCUCACUGUGUGAUGUUCUCAGUAAGAGAUAGAACUGGUUCUUAUGUAAUGAGAAGUGUUUUCUUGAAGAAGAUGGAAUUUUCCAUGGUAGUGAUGGCAAUGUUGUCAACGUUAAUGUCAGGAGCUACAUGCCUUAUUAAAACAUGUUCUGUGGGGAAACUUCCCUUUAUUAAGCACAAGUAUUUUCUGCCAGGAGAUUUCAUAAUGGCUGGGAUACUCUCUCAGUUCUACGUGAUAUCGGAUCCAGUUGGUUUCACAAGGCACCCAUCUGAAGAACUGGUUGAUGAGCUCAUUUAUUACAUGGCGGGAUUGACUUACUUGGCUUCAAUGGAGCUUCUCUCAACACGUGGCAGAUUCAUCCCCAACUAUAAGUGUGAUGCCAAGGACUGGGCAGUAUCUGUUAUUGCAGGACCUAACUCUAACAUCUGUCCCUUAGUGGCAAAUAUCUUGAAUGUCUACAAGGUGCCCCAGCUUCUAUAUGGAUCUGUUCCAAUGAAUGAUAAUAGCGAACACACAGUUUCCUUUCAUCAUUUUUUCCCAAAUGAGGAGCUUCAGACGAAGGGGAUUCUUCAGCUGCUGUUGCAUUUAAAGUGGGUAUGGAUAGGGCUGAUUUCCCAACCUGAUGAGAGUGGAGAGAGGUUUGUACAGAAUGCCCUUACACUGUUUCUCCAGAAAGGUAUUUGCUUUGACUUCACGCAAGAGUUGCCCAAAGACAUUUAUUCUAAUCACAUUGAAUAUGUAUUUAAAGAUUAUGUCGCCAUGUACAAGGUUGUCAUGAACAGCACUGCCAAUGUUGUGAUCCUCUACGGUGAAAACCACGUCAUUGGCAUUUUCAGAAUAUUUCCCUAUCUUUCAGAAUAUGAGGAUAUACCAGUAAAGCGAAAAGACAAAGUUUGGAUCAUGCCAGCCCAGAUGGAGUUCACAUCAGUCCCUUUUCAAAAAAUACUUCCUUUGGAUUUUCUUCAUGGUGCCAUGUCUUUUGCAGUUUCUUCCAAGGAGGUGACUGGGUUCAAACCAUUCUUGCAGAAGAAAAGCCCUACUUCAGAAAAAGGUGAUCAUUUAACAAGAUUGUUCUGGGAGCAGGCAUUUGAAUGUUUUUUCCUUAAAGAUAAGUUAGAUGAGAAUGCUGGAGUGCUGUGCACUGGAGAGGAGAAGCUGGAGACUCUUCCUAAUUCUGUCUUUGAGACCACCAUGACUGGGCAGAGUUACAGCGUUUAUAAUGCAAUCUAUGCUGUGGCACAUGCCUUGAAAGCCAUGUUUUCAUCCAAAUACAAACACAGAGCAAGGGCGGACCACGGAAGGCUGAUGAUUAUCAAGGAAGAAAGAUGGCAGCUCCAUCCUUACCUGAGAACAGUCUUAUUUAACAACAGUGUUGGGGAAACAGUUUUCUUUAAUGAAAAGGGGGAAUUGGGAACUGGAUUUGAUAUCAUCAAUUGGAUCACAUUCCCAAACAAAACAUUUCUUAAAGUCAAAGUUGGAAAAGUAGACCCAUUGACUUCUCCAGAAGAGUCUUUCAUGAUUUCUGAAGAAAACAUCAUCUGGCCGACCAUGUUCAACCAGGCAUUACCACUUUCUGUAUGCAACGAAAAUUGUUAUCCAGGCUACCUCAAGAAAAAAAUAGAUGAGAAGCCCUUUUGCUGCUAUGAUUGUCUUCCUUGUGCAAAGGGGAAAAUUUCAAACAGAUUAGAUGCAGUUGACUGUUUCCAAUGUCCAAAAGAUCAAUAUCCAAAUGAAGCUCACAAUCUUUGCAUCGAAAAACAUAUAACGUUCUUGUCUUAUGAAGAACCUUUGGGAAUCACUUUGGCCACUGUAGCUGUCUUUUUUUUUGUAACUUCAGCUUUGGUGCUGAGGAUCUUCAUUAAAGAGUGGGAAACCCCCAUAGUCAAAGCCAACAACAAGAAUCUCACCUAUACUCUUCUUAUUGCUCUCCAGCUCUCUUUCCUCUGCAGUUUUCUUUUCAUUGGACAACCUGAUCAAGUCAAAUGUCUCAUGCGACAAACUGCAUUUGGCAUCAUCUUCUCUGUAGCCAUUUCUUGCAUUUUGGGUAAAACAACCAUAGUGGUCCUUGCUUUCAUGGCCACCAAACCAGGAUCCCAAAUAAAGAAAUGGGUGGGGAAAAGGCUGGUCAACUCCAUUGUCCUUUCUUGCUCUCUGAUACAAGUCACAAUUUGUGUUGCAUGGCUGGCAAUUUCUCCUCCAUUUCCAGAUUCAGACAUGCACUCCAUGGCUGAAGAAAUUGUACUAGAAUGUAACGAAGGAUCAACCAUCAUGUUUUAUACUGUUCUGGGCUUUAUGGGGUUCUUAACUGCUAUCAGUUUCACAGUAGCCUUCCUAGCUAGGAAGUUACCUGAUAGCUUCAAUGAAGCCAAAUUCAUUACCUUCAGCAUGCUGGUGUUUUGCAGCGUUUGGGUAACAUUUGUUCCUACCUAUCUGAGCACCAAGGGAAAGUACAUGGUGGUGGUGGAGAUCUUCUCCAUUCUGGCUUCAGCAAUGGGGUUGCUUAGCUGUAUCUUUUUCCCAAAAUGCUAUAUUAUUCUUCUGAGACCUGAUUUAAACAGAAAGGACAAACUUAUUAAAAAACACUGA